ACCUCAGCGCUAGGCACGUCAUUGGUCAAUUCCGACCAUGUGAUCUUACAGCUGAUUCUAAGAAGAUGAACUGUUUUGGUUUGUGUUGGAUGGUAAUUGUUCUGGGUUUCGGGGAGCUAUGAUUCGAAUGCUUUGAGAUCCAUUUCGACUCACUGAAAUAAUACGACGUUUUGGGCUUUGGACGACGAAAGACCAUGGCCCAAGCUGCGCAGAUGAUUGUCCCCGAAAUCAACACUCCGUUAACAGUAGAACACGAUAAAAAGAAGCGUCAGUUUACCAUACGACUAAAUGGUUCUCACGACCGUGCUGUCCUGUUGUAUGAAUAUGUUGGGAAGAAGACAGUGGACCUGCAGCAUACAGAGGUUCCAGACGCCUACAGAGGGAGAGGCAUUGCCAAGCACCUUGCUAAGGCGGCCAUGGAUUUCGUGGUGGAAGAGGAUCUGAAGGCUCACCUGACCUGCUGGUACAUCCAGAAAUAUGUAAAAGAGAAUCCACAAGCUCAAUAUCUGGAGCAUAUCCACCCAAUGUGACCUUGUUGGAGAGGGGCGGAGGGGAAGAGAGGGGCAAGGGUGGUAUAGGAGAGACGGCAAAGGGGCAAUCACAUAAGAGCUCUUUCCGUCUUUGCAGAAAUACAGACCAUUGCUUGGGGAGCAGCGAUGGAGGAACUGCCCGAAUAUCAUUGUCAUCACUCAUGGCCUAAACUCAGUGAGCAUUGAUGACACUUUGUGUUUCUGUUUGGACAUGCCUGACAGACUGCGAGGGACCACAAAUGUCUGUCUGAAAUGUGAGAGGUUGGGAGCGUUUAAGGUUGUGUGUCUGGUGUCUAAACUCCCUGCAGUUUGAAACCACCUAUCGCCAGUUGAAGAAGGCUUUGUCACUGUGAACCAUUAUCUUUUUGACUAGAACUCACCGGCUUUCUCCUUGGGCUUAAAUCAGGGCUUUACUUCCUUCCAGUACUCUGUCCCAUUUCUUAUGUUUUCAUCCACUCUAUUUUGCUGGUCUGAGAAGUUGAGCUUUGUGUUUAAGUAGUAAUGCCUACUUCGCAAAUAUGCACAGCACUGUCAAAACAAGAAGAAUGUUGAUACCCACAAAGUUGUUUUAUUAUCUGUUGUGACAAAACUAUGCUGUAGUACUGUUUUUUGUACUGUAUGAACCAUAACUCCAUCAUCCUUUAGCCAGAUGGCUUCCACCUAUACUAUUUGGGCUUGUGUUUGAUCAUUUGUCAGUUACACAGAUUUUCAUAAAAGGUGCAGCCAAAUGUUGUAUGUGUGAUAACUCUCACAACAAAUUACAUUGAUCACUAUCCAUAAUGACCAUAAAAUAGGACAAAUAGUAGAGGAAUAAAAGAGGAAGAAUUCAAGGUAA